UGGUGCGUAUUGUUUCUGGAGCCCCUGCUGUGAAUCGUUGAAUCAUUUAUAACAAUAAUACUCAAAUAAUUAACUAUAUGAAUUAAUACUGAACAAUUAAUACGCGAGUCUUUAUAAUUCGCCGUUCUAUGAAUUCGGUCGUUGCUUGUUCCAGCACAAUUUCAUUAUGCACAUCUGUUUAAAUCGAUUUGCAAGCCAAUAGAGAAUGAAGUAUUAGAAGGGAUUCCGAAGGGAAAUGUGGUAAUAAGGAAUUGGUUUAUAGUCAUUUGCUUUCAUUAGAAGCUUCUUUAGUGUUCGAAAAAUUAAUAUAUUAGAGUUUCGGCACUUUCAAUUUCACUGGAGUCCAUCAGUUAUGAGUAUCAAAUGCAAUUUAUGAUGACUCAACCAGCAGUCUUCGUCAGUAGUAAAUAUAUAUUGCGCUCCUUAGAGCUGUUUAGUAUUUCUAAAAUCAUUCUAAUCGUUAACCAAUUUUAUUGUAAAAAGAGCUAAUCCAAUAAGGAGAAUAAUGAAUUGAAAUGUAUGUCUAGAGAAGCGAAACCGAAAUAUGUCUGAAGAAGCGAAAUUAAUGUGCGUCUGGAGAUGCGAAAUCCAUGUCUGAAAAUGAGGGUCGAUAGUGAGCUCAGGUUGACGUGUAGUCUCAUUCAUUACACCAGCUCCCGAGGCCGAUGAGGAAGCGGCGUUUCCUUGAAAGAUGCGUGCCAGUUCUUGGAAAUGCUCGCUGCACUAAAAGUUAUGCUACAGGCGCAAUCUGGUUGGAUACAAGGGAAAAUGACAGGUGUUUUUUCAACUAAUUCAAUGUUUUUGACACUUUCACACUCAGAAGUGUAGCAAUAACCGACACUUAACUGGUAUAUAUAGUGGGAAUAUUAUGGAGAAUUAGCUUCGCGAUUCAUGGUUGAGACACUUUUGGUAGUAUAAUGAGCCAGAGCGAAUGAAGAUGGACGUUGAGAAAAAGUUGUAUGAUCGAUUACUUAGAUCGAAGAUGUUAUCUGAUACCAGACCAGAGUAACAAGGUUCUUGCAUUAAUAAGGAUAGAAAAACCUAUCGUUUGAAAUUUCAUUGCGGGUAAUGCGCUGAAUAUUUUCGUGUUUUCUUCUACUGCGAAAAAUAUUCAGCGCAUCUUCUACUACGUGUUUUCUUCUUCUACUUCAUUUACAAUAAAGCAAGUAGUUUAACUUGCAAUACCAACUGCUGUACGUGCACAAUCUUUGUGAAACUCUUUGAACGGUUGAGCUUUGGAUCAGGAUAACACGUUUUUUCAAACGUUUAACAGGAAACAAAACCUGCUUGCGUAAUGUUUUCCAAGAACUUGUCUUUCUGACAAAUAUAUCUUCGAGCUUGCUGAGGGCAAACAAACAAAUCGUUAAAAAAAAUCGUAGUCACGCUGGUUGUCGGAACCACGAAAAAGCUUCACAGCGAUACAUAUUAACUGUGGAUAAUUUGAGAUUCUCUUUUAAAGUUGUUUAAUGGACUCGAGAUCUCGGCUUUGAGAAAAGAGCUUGGGAUCAGUUCCUUCAGAAUGUGAAUUUCUAAUUGUGCCAUCACAUAGAACGUCCCCCCGAGCUGUCUUGUAGCCUCAACCAAUAAUCUAUGGAGAUCUUCAAUAUUUCAUCCGUUCAUGACACAACGCCCAUUCCGCCCGAAGGCAGUAUUGAUACAUUCAUUAUAACGGAAUUGCAAGAAACCAGCAUUCUUCCCUACAGUAAGGCUAGCAUCCACACUGGUCUGUUCGUCGUGAGUCUUCUCUUCUUCAUUUUCUUCAUACUGAUCAUCGCAUCCAUCACACAGUGCAAGAGAAGCCUCAGAAUUCCUCACGAAGAGUUUGUAUUGGUGCAGACCAGCGCCGUGCCCAGCUACAUGACCAUUGUUGACACUCGAUCCCAUCCCGGUACUGACUUCCACCUGUACCCUAGAAAUCAAAAGCCUUCAUCAUCAAACAACAUUAACUACAACAUAUAUCCUGCACAAGAUAAGCCUCCAAGUUACCAGUCAACAGUUCAAAACGAGGAUCCUCCUACCUACCAAUCUGCAAACGAACACCUGAGAACCCAAGCCUCGACGACAGAGUCUUCUACAACUCCCGACAUAUCUCAAGGUGCGGUUCCAAAAAGGCAGGUGUCUUCGAACAAUCCAUUCUUGAAGAAAACUGUCUCUGAUUCUAAGAAAUCAAUUGACGCCGAUGCUGAAAACUUCACUGACGAUGAAGUGUUCUACGAAGCGAGUUCUUGCACCUCUGCAAAAACUGAAGUACAGUCUUCAGAAAAUAAAACAAGAUCUAAAUAGCCUCGGAUGGAACUCAUAUUGAAUACAGCUUUCAGCGUCAAUGCGAUUAAUUACAUUUGAAUUAACUAACGAUAAUUUUAUGCAAAAUCAUAGGAUAAA